AUGCAUCGCACCUCCUGCUUCCUCACCGUGACCCUCCACCUCCUACUCAUCACAUCCCCCGCUUCGGCCCAAAGCACCGCCAUCGACCGGCACGCCCUCGUGACGCGCUACAACCCCUCCCGCUCUUUCUCCUCCCUCUACCAAAACGCCUCCGCCCUCCUCAACUACACCACGCCCCUCUCCACCGGCAACGGCAACCUCGCCUUCAACGCCGACCUCACCGGCCUGCACACCCUCCUCCCCUUCCCCACGCUCUCUUCCUGGAGCUUCAAGAACGACUCCCUCCCGCCCAACCGCACGCUCGCGGACCUCGCCACGUACAGGGGCGUGCGCUGGCCCGCGCAGGGCGGGCGCACGGACGUGCAGUACCUGUUCGGCGUCGGCGGCGAGGAUGCGGUGGUGGAGCAGUGGCUCAUCGCGAACCCGAACCGUGCGGACUUGGGGCGCGUCGGGUUCGUGCUGCUCGAUCCCGACGACGAGGCGCCGCGCGCGAUCGGCGCAGAGGACGUGUCCGAAGCGCACCAGACGCUCGACCUCUGGACCGGCGCGCUCACCAGUACGUUCACACUCGCCCCCUUCGCCGACGCGCCGGUGACCGUACGGACCGCGUGCGACCCCGCCCACGACGCGCUCGCGAUCGCGAUCGCAUCUCCACUCCUGGUGAAGGGAACGCUCGGCGUCUUCCUCGACUUCCCGUGGAGCGACGGCUCGCAGAAGUUCGGGGCGCCGUUCGUGGGGUCGUACGCGGCGGCCGACGUGGGGAAGCACGAAACAGUGCUGAGCGUAGGCGGUGUAGGCGGAGGCGGCGACGCGGCGAAGGCAAUAUGGGCGAGCGUGCGGCACACAAUGAACGCCACGUUCCAUACCACUGUGUACAGUGACGGCGAAGGGAACUCGUUUGCCAUAGCGCGCGACGGCCUCGAUACACACAGGUACACCAUCCGCCCUGCGCCGCGCACAGGCGAGUUCUCCCUUGCUGUCGCUUUCUCGCCCACGCACCCACAAACCACCGCGCCGAGCCCGCAUUUACGCGCCUUCGCGAUCAUGCAGGCGUCGGCCGCCGCCUGGACGUCGUACUGGAGCACCGGCGGCUUCGUCGACCUCGUCUCCGGCACGAACUUUUCGGAUCCGCGUGCGGACGAGCUCCAGCGGCGCGUGAUACUGUCGCGGUACUUGAUGCGCGUGAACGCGGCGGGGGACGCGCCGCCGCAGGAGUCAGGCCUCGUGAACAACGGCUGGUAUGGCAAGUUCCACAUGGAGGAGUACUUCUGGCACGCCGCGCACUGGGCGCUCUGGUCGAACCAAGACAUCCUCCGCCGCUCGUCCUCGAUCUACGGACGUUUUCUCUCCAGCGCGCUCGCGCGCGCGCAGGCACAGGGGUGGGUUGGGCGGGACGGCAGAGGCGCAGGGGCGCGAUGGCCCAAGAUGACGGACGACACAGGGCGGGAGGCGCCAGGCGAGAUCAACGAGCUGUUGAUCUGGGAGCAGCCGCACGCUCUCGUGUUUGCGGAGUACGAGCGGCGCGCGGCUGUCUCGGCCGGCGCGGGCGGAGGCGGCGGCGGCGGCGGAAAGGCGGGGCCCGCCGAGCGCGCGGUACUGGAGAAGUGGGCGCCCGUCGUGCGCGCGACGGCGGACUGGAUGGCCGCGUACGCCUGGCGUAACGCGAGCACGGGGUGGUACGGCCUCGGCGCGCCGAUGUACGUCGUGAGCGAGGACACGGCCCCGAACGCGACGCGUAACCCCGCGUUUGAGCUCGCGUACUGGCGUUUGGGGCUCGGGCUCGCGUCGGGCUGGCUCGCGCGCCUCGGCGAGGAGGUGCCGGGGGGGUGGGAGGAGGUAAGAAAAGGGCUCGCGCCGCUGCCGCUGGAGGGUGGGCUGUAUGCGGUGUAUGAGGGCAUCGGGGAGGGGUGGUGGGACGUUGAGGGUUACGUGGACGAUCAUCCGGCGUUGGUGGGCCUGUACGGGUGGUUGCCGGCGACGGAGGGGUUGGAUUUGCGGGUUCAGAUGCGGACGGUGGAGAGGGUGUGGGAGGGGUGGAAUUUCACAAAUUGUUGGGGGUGGGACUUCUCGAUGCUCGCGAUGUCUGCCGCGCGAAUGGGCGAAAAGGAAAAGGCAGUGGCGUGGUUGCUGGACCCAUUGUUCGCGUUCGACGAGGUGGGGAUGCCUGUGGGUGGGGUGCGGGUGCCGACGCCGUAUUUCCCGGGUGCAGGUGCGCUGCUGUAUGCAGUCGCGAUGAUGGCCGGUGGAUGGGACGGAGACGGGUAUCCCGGGAACAGACGAGGGGAGUUCAACGGGUCGAGGAAGGGAGUCGGGUUUCCAGACGGGUGGGAUGUGCGCGCAGAAGGGCUGAUGAAGGCGAUGUAA